ACACUCGGACAAUGAACGUGUUCCGAGCGUGUCAAUGAUGUAGGGGUUAUCGUUAAGCACAACCAGAGACAGACGAUGCAAAUACCAAAUUAGAGGUCGUUUGCAAGGUCACGUGGCUACAGAUUUAAAGCGCUACGACAUUGGUGGCGAUUAGAAGAACUUGACGUUUUUGUACUUCUAUUUUUCUUUCAUACUUCUUUUCAUUCAUUUCAAUUAUAAUAAUAAUUUGUGUAAAAAGAAAACGUAUAAAGAAUUGGAAAUUAAACUGCAAAGAGAUUGUUUUCUGAAAUGAAGAGACGAGGUGUCAGCAAAAUGGCGAAGAUAAAUGAAUUUGAUAUCGUAGAUCAAAAUGCACAAUCGAAAGUCGGAAAAUUUACAUUUUGGAAUGGAGAUGUUUACGACGGAGAAUAUAAAAUAAAUUAUGAUCGAUUACUUUUGCUUAAGCAAGGAAGAGGAACAUAUACUACUGAUAAUUUUGAUACCUAUCACGGAGAAUGGGACGAUGAUACGUUUUCUAAUGCCGAUAUUCAUAUUAAGUAUAAUAACGACGCUCAGUAUCGAGGUAGAAUAGAUCCGAACGGAACGAUGGUCGGUUUAGGAACAUACAUAUUUCCCGAUGGGUCCUCGAUCGAAGCUAUAUGGCACAAUAAUAUACCAUCUACAAAUAUUAUUUACAGAGAACCUCUUGGAUUUGCGUGGGUAGUCGAAGAUAUAUCAGUAGAUUCCAUCACGUUUUCCGCCGGAAACCAUUUCUGGAACGAUAUAUUGUCUGAUGAUAGUACCAUGUGUUCUUCCAAAUCUUUCGAUCAAAGUGAAUUGAAUUAA